AUGGCUACCUCGCAUACCAAUGGGGGCACACCAGAUGCCUUCGCCGACGUCAAACAGAGCUCUACCAUUACAGAAGCGAACAGCAAUGCUGCCUCACACAAAAGGGUCAAUGCCUGGCAACAACCUGGCCCAGCUGCUCUUGAUUUUCGCAGCGAUGUAAUGACCACACCCACGGCGUCCAUGCUUGAUGCAAUUGCAAACACCACGCUGCUGGACGAUGUCUUCCUCGAGGAUCCAACCACUAAUGAACUGGAGUCCUCUGUCGCUGCGCUGGCAGGCCAUGAAGCCGGUCUGCUCGUCAUGUCGGGCACCAUGGGCAACCAAGUCGCACUGCGCAGCCAUCUGGUCCAACCACCUCAUUCGGUGCUUUGCGACAUCAGGGGCCACAUCCACAACUACGAGGCCGGCGGUGUGAGCUGCCUCUCGAGCGCCAUGCUGAUUUCCGUCACCCCCAGCAAUGGCCACCACUUGACUCUCGAGGAUGUCCAGAAACACUGUAUAAUCUCAGACGAUGUCCACGCCUGUCCUACCCGAGUCAUCAGCCUAGAAAACACCCUCGAUGGCAUGAUAAUGCCGCUUUCUGAAAUCCGUCGCAUCUCCCAAUUCGCCCGCUUCCACGGCAUCAGACUCCACUUGGACGGUGCGCGCAUCUGGGAAGCUGUCGCCGCCGACGCCGGCAGUCUCCCCGACUUCACACGCGAGUUUGACAGUGUGAGCAUGUGUUUCUCCAAGGGACUCGGCGCACCCAUCGGCUCCAUCAUCGUUGGCAGCAAGCCCUUCAUUGCCCACGCGCGACGAAUCCGUAAGAUGCUCGGCGGCGGCACCCGCCAAGCGGGCGUUAUUUCCGCCGCUGCCCGCGUCGCCGUGUCCGAGAACUUUGGCCACGGUCCCAACGGCGAAGGUGGCAAGUUGCGCGACAGCCACGCCCGGGCAAGGAAAGUCGCGGAGCUGUGGGCAGCCAAGGGUGGCAAAUUGGCCAACCCGACGGAAACGAACAUGGUCUGGCUGGAUCUUGCAAAUGAAGGCUGUUCGGCGGAUGAGUUCGCCGACCUCGCGAGCAAAGAGGGUCUAAAGGCCCGGGGAGGACGGUUGGUCGUGCAUUACCAGAUCAGUGACGAGGCGGUCGAGAGACUGGGAAGAGUCAUGGACGCUGUCCUACAAAAGAAAGGGAAGUGA